AUGACAGCUCAAUUGUUAAAUAGAGUAAAUGCAGUAAAUGCAGAUGAUGAUUCAGAAUCAUUCAUCAACGGCGGUAUAUGCAAUAUUGACGAUGGUUACGCCAAGAAACCCAAUCAUAUCGAUAAUCUAGUACUCAAUUCUUAUAAUCGCAACACUACUCUAAAAUUACCUUCUAAUUCGAUCAAUUUGAUCUCUAGAAAAGAUGAUUUUGCAACAUCAUCCAUACACAAGAUUACGCAUGGUGAAAUUAAAUUAGGAUCUAAGCUGGUAAAGAAAUCUACGGAGUUCUACGACAAGAAUAACACUUUGUUUAUUGUAGAUUAUGAUGACACACUCUUUCCUACUCAUUGGAUUGCAUCAAAUGAUGCCAGUGCGAUAUUACGCACGCAACACGACAUUAUCAGUGACUAUCUGUACAAACUUGCAUCUCAAGUUAUUGAAACCCUGAAGAAAUGUAUGAGCUUAGGAAAUUUAAUCAUAGUAACCAAUGCCAGUUUUGAAUGGGUUUAUAAGAGUGCCGAAAAACAUAUGCCGACACUAUUAGAUUUUUUCAUAAAAAACAGAAUAAAAAUCAUCUCCACCAGGGAUAGAUAUAUUGGUGAAGCUAUUCCUCAAAAGAACUGGAAAUAUGUAGCUCUCAUGCAACUUGUUCAACAGUUGUUCUCUGAACAACUUUGCCGAAAACAAGAAUGUUCAGUUGUGUCCAUCGGGGAUGGCGAUUCUGAACGAGAUGCUUGUUUGGAAAUCGCAAAAAACUUCAAUUCUCAUGGAUGGAAAGUUAAAAUUGUCAAAUUCAUCUACCAACCUACUUGUAAGAGCUUGAUCUUACAACAUCAAUUGAUUGAAAAGAAUAUCAAUCAAAUAUUACACACUCCUAAUUCGUUAGAUAUGGAGGUAAAGGUUGAUUUGUUCAAUACAAAUUCUGUUGAAAUCACUCAUCGCAUUAUGUACUGA